AUGCCCAAGGUACCCGCAGCCAGCACUUGGGCAGGAGCUCCUCCGGUCGCAGAAGACGGCUUCGCAUUCGCUGAGGGUGUAUUUUUCGCCCAAGCUUCAGGCCAAAACCGCCAUCGACGCGCUACAGCGACAGAGCUCAAGGAACACUUUUCCUCGGGCAACGACAAGGACUACCCCGCGCACUGGUUCGAAGCCCAACUUAUCCACUAUGGCCUCCAGCCCUCAAAGACAAAGUCGGUCGCGCGCAUGCGGCUGUUCGACGCUGUUAACGCGGGUGGCCUAAAGGUGCCUGCCAAUGUCACCAAGCUUGAGACCAAGCUCAAGAAAGAAUGGACAAAGAAUGAUCGCGAGGCAAAGAAGGGCGCGACAAACAGUAAACCUGCUGCAAAACCACCGGUCGCUAAAGCGGAGACAAAGGCUACAGCGGGAACCAAGAGAAAGGCAACCGACAACGACAAUACUCCCGCCGUUAAAAAGACAAAGACGACAACGCCAAAGGCUACAGCGCCAGCUCCCAAAACUGUUGCACCUAAAGCAAAAGCUCCACCGAAAACGCCAGCGAAAGCGACCGCAAAGACCACGACUACGACCACAACUACGACCAAGACCACGACUAAGACCACGACGAAAGCCCCAGCAAAAGCAGCGACCGAAUCCACAACGCCAGCAAAGCCACGUCUGAAACAAACCGCCCGCAGAGGAGACAGCUCUCAAGGACCCGGUCGCAAUGCAAGUGCCUCAGAGCCAGCUAGACCGCCGCGGACCAAGCAAACGGCGCGUCGAAGCGGCGCUUUCGCGGCCCGGGGCCGGAUCCCCGUCCCACCAUCUGGCGACUUUGAUGCUCCACCCCCAUACUCGGAAUUUCCACAUCAAGACUACUAUUCCGACGGACACUCUCCGAGCAACAGCUACCGCUCGUAUGACAGCGACCCAGACGAUGGCGACAGUCUUGAGCCGUUGGGCCUUCUCAACGGCGACUACGAGAUUAUCUGGAGCGAUGUUACAGAGCAGUGGUCCCACUAUGACCCCGACAAUUUCGAGCUAUGUCUCACACUCGAGGGUAACAGACUCUGGGGACAAUUCAACCUCGGUGUGUAUGAAGGUGUGCUGCGCUUCAACCAGCGCCCUAUGAGAUCAUCGCACGAUAGACUCGAAUUCACAUGGCGGGGUCGUGAAGAUAUGGGACCUGUCAUAUAUGGCAACAGCAACACAGGGUGGAUGGAAUUCCUUGGCGACGGUCGCAUUAUCGGCUGUGUUGACGGAGGGCAGACUCUUUCGUUCCGAGCCCAAAGACUCGAGGAUCAAGGAACUCGAAGCAGGAUUGAUGCUGACUCUAUGCAAGAUGAAUGGGGUAGCUACACGUAUCAACUGUACGAAGCAGAGAAUCGGGCUCGAUGGUGA